AUGAAGGAGUCCCUCUACGAUCGUAUCUGGCGUCGAGAAUCCGGGGAAUUGUCCCGGCUUGCCAGUAUUCAGGGCCUUUAUGGCGCUUCAGAAUGGGUAAAGGAGCUCGACAUUGUGAACGAACUCGGGGGUCAUUCUGGCUGUGUCAAUGCCUUGAGUUGGUCGCGGUCUGGCCGCCUGCUGGCUUCGGGUUCGGAUGAUCAGCAUCUAAACAUCUACGCCUAUCAACCCGACUCCUCAGCUGCUCCCUUUACGUUGAAUACCACCAUCGACACUGGUCACACCGCCAAUAUCUUCUCCGUCAAGUUUAUGCCACAUUCCAAUGAUCGAACCCUGGUCUCGUGUGCCGGUGACUCCCAGGUCCGUGUCUUUGACAUCGAGUAUUCUAGUAGCAAUGGGCACCUGGAUGGAAAUUCGAAUGCUCUGUCCUCGGCGAGAGGUCGGCGUUUUCACAACUUCUUCAAUACGUCCCAUUAUCUGAGCCCGCGAACCACUAAUGCGAAAGUGUAUCGUAGCCAUGCAGACCGCGUCAAGCGCAUCGUCACGGAGUCGUCUCCGCAUCUCUUCCUGACCUGCUCGGAGGACGGAGAGGUCCGCCAGUGGGAUUUGCGACAACCCUCCUCGGCCUACCCCAAGCCAUUGGGAGGUCAGGGCUACAUGGCGUUUCGAUCGGGUCAGGCCCACGAUGACUCCAAUGUGCCCCCUCCGCUGAUCUCGUACAAAAAGUACCGCCUGGACCUCAACACCAUUUCAUGCUCACCAAGUCAACCCCACUAUAUCGCACUGGGUGGCGCUCAUCUUCACUGUUUCCUCCACGAUCGGCGCAUGUUGGGUCGUGAUCUUAUCGCAGAGAGAGGAGGCUCAAAUGCUUCCUUUGGGAGUAGUAGCCAAGGAGGGGACAUAUUGGACGAUGCGACAAGAUGCGUCCGCCGAUUUGCGCCUAAUGGACAGGAUCGAAUGAAGACCCGGGACGAUGGCCACAUCACAGCCUGCAAGAUCAGCGAUGCAAACCCGAAUGAGAUGGUGGUCAGCUGGUCAGGUGACCACAUCUAUAGCUUUGACCUCAUUCGCAGCCCGGACGCAAGAGAAGUUAUUUCGCGACAAACAUCUGUGCGAGAAACACCGGCACCAAGAAAACGUCGCGGCAGCAAAGACCGCAAGCGAAAGCGACAUCCCGGCACGUCCAUGUCAUCCGAAUCGAGUGGUAUCCAGCCUUCUUCGCGACGUCGUCCCAGAGACUGCCAGGAUGAAGGAGAGCUGGCCUUUCGCGUGCGCUACGGUAACGGGGAGUCGGAAGAUAUUCCUCUUCCAUCAUUGACGCAGCGUCGCGCUGAUGUUCCGGGAGAUCUGCUUGAACAAUCGAGAAUGACAGUGCUCAGUGACGCUCAGAGGCUGAGCAUGCGUAUUGCCAAAGAGCUGGUCAAGCUGCGCAAGGCUCUAUUCUCGCUUGACAUGCCGGCGCGUGAAGAGCUCGAAUCGGCUAAUGCAGCAGAUUUGGCGCCGUUUGGCGAGUCCUUUUCCCAGGCAUUGACCCAUGCGGCCAUUUGUCUCCCGCAGAUGAGUGAAGUCAUACGCACGUGGGGCUAUCCACUUAAUCCAUCUCCGGAUAUGGUUCGUUUUCAGCAAACCCUGCGCCGCAAUCGUACGAUAGCUCGAGCUCUGGGUGGCGAGAUUCAAGACACACCUGGGGACGUAGACAGAGAAAUGGAGCAGUUUCAGCAGAUAACGCCACUGAAAGUCGAACAUGCGCUUGAUCGCAAGGAACAGUUCGGUUAUGACUUUAUCAAAGCUAUAAUACUAUACAUUGAAGGGGGCCGAGAAGCCAUGCUGUCAGGCUUCAAGCGUGGUCCUGUUCGUCGCGACCCAGUCAAUCGUUUUCCCAUCCCCGAGACCGCAGACGAUCGUGCGAUUGAAUCAGUCCUUAUUCCUUAUCUGCAGCGCCUGGCAGGAGAGGCUCCAGUGGUGAAUGUUGAUGCAUCUAGGUUCGAGCACGACGAGGCCCGCAUUCUAUUUUCGACUCAACGGGAAGCUGUUGCUGCAUCUUCGGCUGACAGCGGAUCAUCCGAUGGUGCUAUACACAAUGGGGCCGCCCACAAUGGGAGUUCUACAGGGCCACAUUUGCAUAGCCACGACUUAUUUCAGCUUACGCAAUUCUGGAUCGGGACCGGUGUCAACUAUGCUUUUGUUAAUAGAGCCUUCGGUGGCUUCCGUACCACGAUCACGCCUGGCUCUGAAUCGGAUAUCGAUCCUGAGAGAUCACAAAACGACUUGGAGACCAAUAUAGAAGAGGAACCUAUUCGCGACGUACGUUUGAAAGUACUACGAGGCGAAGCAACGGAGUCGGAGACUUCGUUGAUUGGUGUACCUGGAACCGAGAACGAGUCGGGGGAGGAUGAAGAGGAUGGGUUUGGCGACGAACGGGACGAUGAUGAUGAUGAAAACGGGGACGACGAGGACGACGAUGAGGGGAACAACGACGAGUAUGAACUGGACCUUGAGAGUCUGGCGAGCGACAGCGACGACUCUGAGGCUGAGGAUCAGUAUGUGCAUCUGGAUGUAUCUUGUUCCCCGCAUACUCGCGUUUACCGCGGUCACUGCAACGUCAAGACAGUCAAAGAUGUCAAUUUUUACGGACUGGAUGAUGAAUAUGUCGUGAGUGGAAGUGACUCUGUUAAUAUUCUCGAGGGUGACAGUGAAGUCGUCAAUGUUGUCCAGGGAACUGACAGUCUUUUUGCAGGACAUCCUUAUGAACCCACUAUAGCCGCUUCUGGGAUUGACAAUACGAUCAAGAUUUUUUCGCCGGACCGCCGUGCUCAAGAUGAUGCUCGCCCCAAUACGCUUGGACCUCAUGUGAGAGGGAUUGGGGGUCUGAGCAGUCGGAAACGCUUGCAUGACAGCGGGAUGAGUGAGGCGUCGAUCACCAGGCAUAUGCUGGCGCGUCUUGCUACCACCUUACGGGAUCAGCAUUACAAUGUAGAGGCUGGUGGAAGUGGGGAGCAUGCCACCCUGGUCUUGGACGAAAAUAGCUGUCAUUUGAAGAUGAUGCAAGCUCUGCAGGAACGAGCGGAAGUUACGCGGCGGCUGUACGAAGAUCCUCACAAUCCGCACCUUUACUACGAGCGAGGCCUCGCGCAUGAGAAAUUGGGGUUCCCCGACCUAGCGUCGGCCGAUGCGUACCGGGCACUAUCUCUCCUCGACUCGGUCAUCGACCCGGAUGGCUGCGAGUUCCACGCUCGACGCCGGUUACAAGGAUCUGUUGAGGGUACUGAGCCCGAGGUUCACGAUGAAGCUAGCGAUGACAGCAGUGACGACGAGGACCAGUUCUCUCCACUAACGCAGUCCGAAUACGAUACCCUCAUUCAUCCCGUUUACGCCUUAUUAGUUCGCACGCUCGUCAGCUGUGGUUGCUUCCGUGACGCAUAUGAAUUUUGUACCCAGGCAUUGAACCUUAGUAGCGACGGUAACACCACUUCCUCCGAUCGCGAAGCUUACUCCACUUUAAAAGCACAACUAUCCAUCCUGCAGCGGGAGUUCGCCCGGCGACGCAACCUCUCUUCGCCGACCACAGCUAUCGUAAUCGACGACCCCAGCGCCCUGCCAGCGCAGGGAUAUGCGCGCCGCAUACUCUACCCCUGGAAUACGCACGAACCAGACCGCAAAGCCCCUGAUACUUUGGACCUUCUGAACGAGAAAUUACGGACAGUGGCGCCUAAGUGCGAGGUCCGGGCUGUGGCCUUGCCGGCUCUCCACUCGACUACAGCCACUAAACCCAUUACCACCAACACAUCCUCCGCCGAACAACAACAACAAGAAAAAGAAGAAGAUGAACAAGGAGAAGGGGAAGGGCAACGCGUGUACCACGGCGCCGUGUGCGGGCUGAUGGAGAACCUCGAAUCCAUCGGCAAAGACAUUCCCGACCCCAAAGACAAGGCGGACUAUCUGUACCUGCUGCUCCUGGGACGGGCGCUGGCCAUGGCCGCCACGCAGGAGGUACAUCCCUUGGAGCUGGAUGAGAUCAAGUACAUCUGGGGGGAUUUCGUAGACUACCAACCCCCUACACCGGCGCCGUCGGAUCAUAAUGCUGACGCCGAUGCCGGCAAGAUGGGAGGCGGAGGCGGCACCCUCCCCUUCUCCUUCCAGCUCAACAUCCUCCAACCUAUGCGCCUCCUGGAGGAGAUGGAGAUCGACCCUUACGCCAACCUCCGCCAUUACGACACCUGGGUGUUGAACACCCUGUACGCCAAGUUCCGGGGCACCGCCUCCGGCCGCCUCUCCUCCUGGGAUGGCGGGCCCGAGCUGUGCGCAGUCCACCCGCUGUGGUGUUUGGCAAACCACUCGUGCGACCCGAAUGUGCGCUGGGAGUGGGGCGGCGAGAUCACCUUCGUGGCACGGGCCGAGGACGAGAGAGCUGUCUGGAGUAACCCCUCCGGGGAUUCGUUGGAUCGGACGCCCGAGUCUAGGCGCGUGGCCGCAGGAAUCAAGAAGGACGAGGAGAUCUUGAACCAUUACUGUGAUAUCGGACUCGGGGUCAAGGAUCGCAGGGAGUGGGCCUGCGGCGCGUUGGGCGGGUUCUGUCUGUGUGAGCGGUGCCGGUUUGAGGCCGGGGAGAUGUGA